AAGUAGAGGCCAGUGUGUGUGACCGGAAGCCGGGAACGAACGGCGGGUGCCGGGGGAGGUUCCCCGCGCGCUGGAGGGGGUCGGCGGAGCUCAGCUCAGGGCGGCCGCUCACGGGAUGGGGCAACGGUUCCAGGUGCUGAGGUGCUGCUCCUGCGGCACCUUCCAGGUCCACCAGGUUAAAAAGAGCAAAAAAUGGAGCUGCAAAGUGUGUGGUGAGAAGCAGAUGCUGCUAAAGGCCUAUGGCCAAGGCUCUGGGUCUGACUGUAGACGCCAUGUCCAAAAAUUAAACUUGCUGCGGGCUGGGACGGAGGUGGCAGCUGAGGGAACAUCUUGGUAUAUAGAGGAACCAGUGAAUAAUGACAAAGAGAACACAGGAGUUCCACAGGAAGAAAACGUGGGCUGGCAGGAAGAAGAUGUGGAAUUCAGUCCCUUGGUCAGCCGGUGGAAUAAGUAUCUGGACAAGGACAGUGAAGAUCAGGAGGAGGAGGUGUAUACAGACAGAGAGCAGGUGUACUCCCAUAAAAAGAACAUUGUGGAAGAACAAAGGAAACGCAAGAGCAGCUUCUACCACAACGAUGCUCUGGAGUGCUUUGAGGAAAAGGGAAUGUAUGGGCUCACUGGCCAAGCCAAGAAAGUCAAAACCUUUGAGAGCAGGAAAGAUUCACCAACUGUAGCUGACCAGGCCUGCGGAGAUUAUAUAUGUAACAGCGUUGUGGUACCUGAGAAUACACCAGCUCCAGAGUCAACUAAUGUCACCGUGUCCAAGUGGGGAAAAUUUUUCCCGUCUCCUAGCAGCCAUAAUACUGGUUACAUAACCCUUGCAGCACAGAUGAGCAGUUGGAAAUUAGAGACACAGAGGGCUUCUGCAGGAAACUUUCUAAUGUCUGAUGGAUAUCCACAGCAGGAGGAAGAUUCUGAAUCUCCAGGCACAGGUGCCCAAACUGAACAGAGCUUCACUAACAAUAAGCGUACAGCACAGAAAUAUGCCUCAAAGCUUCAUAGCACCACAGUGGCUGCCAGGGGGCAGACUGCCUUUGACAUCAGUCAUGCAGCUAUUGGGGAUGUGCUUUCUGGAAAACGUAAGGACUGCCUGAGUAGGGCAGCGUCUGGUGUUGCAGAGAACAAUGAAGGCAGGCAAUGCUUGGCAGGCACUGUGAUGCCAGCGAACUGUUUAUCUAAGGAUGCUGUGACCUUUACUUCUACAGAUCCUUUUGCUAGCUCUACUGGGGUGCCUCAGUGUCUUACUGCUCCAAGUAGCAGCUUCUUUUGCACAGAUGAUGAUCUUUGAAAAGUUCCAGGCUCUGCACUUUGACUUUCUUGCCCGUUCUCCUCCCCCUCUCCCGGUGCAUGAUGACCCUUAAUGCCUGUUGGUGUCCCUAGUUUAAGGACAGAGUCUCACUUCCUCACCUUCUUCCAAAGUUAGAAUUAACAUGGAAUGAAUUUCCUAAAGGAAAUAUCCAUAAUCUUUCUCUGAUGUUCCUGUAUGGAGAAGAAAAACUGACCUGAGACUUUCCUUUCAGGUAUCUGACUGUUCAGAGCAAUUAUUGUGGGGUUUUACUGUUCACAAGUAACAGAUUUUGUUUGCAAUACAAUAGGUUCCUCUGGUAGUGCCUUGUACUCUCCUAGUGGGUGUAUCUGAGGAGGAAGUUGAAAGGUGGGCUCUUGCCUGGCCAGAAGCAUGAGCUGUGCUUUUCCCUAUAGGUCCAGAGGCAAAGCCCUGCUGCUGCAUAACUGUCACUGGCUGUAGUAACCCUUAGGAGAGCCAAUACUUCACUAAGAGCACUGCUAGGCCCUGCUCGUGGAGGACUGGGUGCUUCUCCCCCUCUUGUAUUGGAGAUCUAAUGUUUUGAAAGGUUAAUUCCAGAGACAAAUGAACUAAGUGCUUCUGUGUCAUUACCCCAAUUGCUCUUCUUCCAUUACAAAUUAAUAAAGAACACUAGUGUGCAGAAAGAGGCCUGAGCUUCUACCACACUUCUCUACAACUCAA